AUGCAAUUGACAGUCGUUGACAUAUGUUUGCGGUGUCUUGCCUCUUCCACCAUGAAUAAUGAAAGAAGUCUCUCCACUGGCCCGCACUUCGCCUUGACCACGGACUCGAUAUUUCUCGAACCUCACCGGCACUCCAAGCCUUUCGAGGACCGCUUUGAUGACUCUCACAGCGUCAGGAAGCGCUACCUCGUUCUCGUGAACGGCAGCCAGAACAACACCGGUAGCAUGGGGAAACAGACCAGCAGCUCGACCCAGGCUGGAGUGGCAAACGACUUCGGCCAUCAAAUCACGAACAUUCUGAUCUCCGUUUCUCGUGCUCGUGCGUGGUGCGAUAUGAGCAAGGAUUGCCCCAUAUUCAGACAUGACAGCGACCGCGGUGCAACCAUUGAGUCCUUCUGUUGCAAGGAACUGCAAGUUAGCGGACCAGGGACCGGAUCUGACUUCGUUAAUUGGAACGAAGACCGUGUCAUUUCUGUGUCGAAUCUGUUGAAGAGUGACUGCCAUCUUGUCUCUGUGUAG